AGGAUGAUUUACUCAUUGAGGCAGUUAAAAGUAAACAAUGUCUUUGGAAUUAUGCUGUUCCACUUAGAAAAAGAGGUUUGCAUAACAUAAGAAAAGCAUGGGAAAGUGUUGUAAGGGAAUUGAAUAAUAGUAAAAUAGAUCCAAAGACUGUUCAGAAUAGAUGGAGAAUUCUUCUAGAUUCUUAACAAAAAUCCAAAAAUAAAAUGAUUGAACAUGCUUCUACUGGAGCACCAUCAGAUAUUAAAUCAUCCUUCAGGUUUUACGAUCAGAUGCUAUUUUUAAGUGAUCAUAGGGAAAAUAUCAUUGUUAACAACUCAUCCAUCAGCAAUGAGAGCACAAGUUCACCUUAUCUUUCAUUGGAUUUUACACUUAAUGGUGAUUCAAAUUCAAGUUUAGAUGCAACAAAAGAGAGCACAAAUGAAAAGUCCCCAAUUGAAAUUAAAAAAAGAAAGCAAGAGUGUAACAUGGAGCUUCAUAGAGAACUACUUGAUAUUUUAAAGCAACAAGUGAUUUCUCAACCCAAAGAAUUGGAUGAAAGUGGAGCCUUUGCAAAAUUUGUUGAGGAAUGUUUACGUAAACUUCCUUAUAGAAAGCAGAAACAACUACAAAGAACUAUUUUCGAUGCCAUGUCAAAAGCUGAAGAUGAGUGUUUUGAAGAAUAA